AUGGAUGUUUGUAUUGUUGAGUUUGCAGUUACAUUUAAAGAGCUAAAGGUUGAAACAUUCGGCAGCGAUGAGCUCUUUCCAUCGAGGCUGGGAUUUAAUAUGAACGUUUCCAGGAUAUCUCCUAAUAUCGGAUUCGUCGUUGCCAAGGCCGCCAACUCGGACCGGGGGGGUUUGGACAAAUCCUUCCAGUCGAAGACAAGUUCUUUAGACUUGCAUAUGUUCGCGACAAACCCUCAGCAUUCUCACGACGAACUGGAAAUUCUGCCACCUGCAAGGAUGGGGUGCACCAGUGGCUAUUGCUUGUCUGAUGAUGUGAGCUCCGCGGCUGUUACACUGAAGUCGUACUUCGCAUUGCCAAUGGGGGCUGGAAUAUGA